AUGGCGGGCUGGAUUCAGGCACAGCAGCUGCAGGGAGAUGCCCUGCGCCAGAUGCAGGUGCUGUACGGGCAGCACUUCCCCAUCGAGGUCCGCCACUACUUGGCACAGUGGAUUGAGAGUCAGCGGUGGGAUGCCAUUGACUUGGACAAUCCCCAGGACCGAGCCCAGGCCACUCAGCUCCUGGAGGGCCUGGUGCAAGAGCUGCAGAAGAAGGCGGAGCACCAGGUGGGGGAAGAUGGAUUUUUACUGAAGAUCAAGCUGGGGCACUAUGCCACGCAGCUCCAGAACACAUAUGACCGCUGCCCCAUGGAGCUGGUCCGCUGCAUCCGGCACAUUCUGUACAAUGAACAGAGGCUGGUCCGAGAAGCCAACAAUUGCAGCUCUCCUGCUGGGAUGCUGGUUGACGCCAUGUCCCAGAAGCACCUUCAGAUCAACCAGACAUUUGAGGAGCUGCGGCUGGUCACACAGGACACAGAGAAUGAGCUGAAGAAGCUGCAGCAGACUCAGGAGUACUUCAUCAUCCAGUAUCAGGAGAGCCUGAGGAUCCAAGCUCAGUUUGCCCCGCUGGCCCAGCUGAACCCUCAGGAGCGUCUGAGCCGGGAGACGGCCCUCCAGCAGAAGCAGGUGUCCCUGGAGGCCUGGCUGCAGCGCGAGGCCCAGACGCUGCAGCAGUACCGCGUGGUGAGUGGCUCCAGCGUCCCUGUCCUCGGGCAUGAGCGCCAUAGCCUGAGUCUCUGGGACCAGACAGAGGAGUAGAGUCAGGCCAAGAGCAGGGGGCCAGGUCCCCUCCUGCAGGGGGCAUGUGACGUGCUGCAGUCCUGGUGUGAGAAGUUGGCCGAGAUCAUCUGGCAGAACCGGCAGCAGAUCCGCAGGGCCGAGCACCUGUGCCAGCAGCUGCCGAUCCCCGGCCCAGUGGAGGAGAUGCUGGCUGAGGUCAACGCCACCAUCACAGACAUCAUCUCAGCCCUGGUGACCAGCACGUUCAUCAUUGAGAAGCAGCCCCCUCAGGUCCUGAAGACCCAGACCAAGUUUGCAGCCACCGUGCGCCUGCUGGUGGGCGGGAAGCUGAACGUGCACAUGAACCCCCCGCAGGUGAAGGCCACCAUCAUCAGUGAGCAGCAGGCCAAGUCUCUGCUCAAGAACGAGAACACCCGCAAUGAUUACAGUGGUGAGAUCUUGAACAACUGCUGUGUCAUGGAGUAUCACCAAGCCACGGGCACCCUCAGCGCCCACUUCAGGAAUAUGUCCCUGAAACGAAUUAAGAGGUCUGAUCGUCGUGGGGCAGAGUCAGUGACAGAAGAAAAAUUUACAAUCCUGUUCGAAUCACAGUUCAGUGUUGGAGGAAAUGAGCUAGUUUUCCAGGUCAAGACCCUGUCACUCCCAGUGGUGGUGAUUGUUCAUGGCAGCCAGGACAACAAUGCGACGGCCACUGUUCUCUGGGACAAUGCUUUUGCAGAGCCUGGCAGGGUGCCAUUCGCCGUGCCUGACAAAGUGCUGUGGCCGCAGCUGUGUGAGGCGCUCAACAUGAAAUUCAAGGCCGAAGUGCAGAGCAACCGGGGCCUGACCAAGGAGAACCUCGUGUUCCUGGCGCAGAAACUGUUCAACAGCAGCAGCAGCCACCUGGAGGACUACAGCAGCAUGUCGGUGUCCUGGUCCCAGUUCAACAGGGAGAAUUUACCAGGACGGAAUUACACUUUCUGGCAGUGGUUUGAUGGUGUGAUGGAAGUGUUAAAAAAACAUCUCAAGCCUCAUUGGAAUGACGGGGCCAUUUUGGGUUUCGUGAACAAGCAGCAGGCCCAUGACCUACUCAUUAACAAGCCAGAUGGGACCUUUCUGCUGAGAUUCAGCGACUCAGAAAUUGGCGGCAUCACCAUUGCUUGGAAGUUUGAUUCUCAGGAAAGAAUGUUUUGGAAUCUGAUGCCUUUUACCACCAGAGACUUCUCCAUCCGGUCCCUGGCAGACCGCUUGGGGGACUUGAAUUACCUUAUAUACGUGUUUCCUGAUCGGCCAAAAGAUGAAGUGUACUCCAAAUAUUACACACCAGUUCCAUGCGAGCCUGCCACUGACGUCUGUUGGAGUAUCUGCUUCUCCGUCCUCCUGCUGCCGUAGAUUCCAGUCAUCGGUUUCAUGUCUGCCGGUCUGAUUGGCAUAAAGAUGGUGUUUUAUUGGUCUUAUUUUCAUUUCUUUGACUCUAGGUAAGGUCAAACGUCUUUCACAUGAUGAUGGUGAUAAUAAAUAGAAUUUUGUUAAUAACAGCAGCUACCAUUUGUUGAACGCUUACUCUGUGCCAGGUACUUUUCUGAGCACGUUUCAUAUAGUACCUCAUUUAAUCCUCAAAACAGCUCUGUGAAGUAGAUGCUAUUAUUGCCCGCAUUUUAUAGAUGAGGAAGCUGAGGCACAGAAAAGUAAAAUAAUUUGUCCAAGUCACACAGCUAGGAAGCGGCGAGACCGGGAUUUGACUCAGUCUGCCUCCGGAGCCUACGUUUUGUUACCACCACGUUACUGGCUGUUUGAGUUGUUUUCUGUGAAGUGCAUGUUCAUGUUCCUUGUUCAUUUUUCUUUAUGAUGUGUAAGUGUUUUUUAUACAGUAAAUAUAUUUACCCUUAAUUAUAUGUAGCAAAUAUUUUCCUCAGUGUGUAAUAUUGUUCUUUCAACAUUUAAGUUUUAUUUUGCUGAAGUGCAAAGAUUUAUAAUUUCUACAGAAGCCCAAUCUGUCAACCUUUUUCCUUUAUAGAUUGUCUUUUGUAUCAUGCCUCCUCAUCCUAAUAUGGUGGUUAUUAUAUUUUUAGUUGGGGAAAUAAACUCAAAUAUAUUUAGAUUUAUGCGGUAUUUUGGAUUAUGCAUAUCACUGUUUCUUUUUGUUAGCAUAGCUAAUCUAUAUUUUAAAAUCAUAUUUCUUGCAGCAUUUCCUUGAUUUUUGUCUUUUCCGCCAAUCUAUUAAAUUCUCUGUAGACUGUAAAGCACAAAAUGCGUGAAAUGUUAUGAAAAGGUAGCGCCUGCCAUUUGAAGCCCUACAAGUAGCAGGUUAGGGUAACAGCAGUUUGUGAACCUUGCAGCAUUUCACUGCCUUGGUCUGUUUAGCUGACAAGCUCUUCUUCCCGUUGUCCCUAGUAGUGUGGUCGUCCUUGACUGGUACAGGUCAGGUUGUGCCGGUUCCCGUCCUCACACGCCCAGGAAGCAAGACUUCAUU